CACAUCCGGGGAUUUCUCCAGCUUCCAGAGAUGAGCUGGUGUGAAAUGGGAGUCAGGGCGAAGGAUCCCGGGAAAAUGACCGACACGGCCACUGAAACGCAGGAGCCCGCUGCAGACCGCCUUAUACAUCUAACGCCACAGUGAUGCCUGUCUUAAAUAGGUCUAGAUUUGUUCAGAGCGAACUCUCUCCCAGCCUCGGGUUUUGAUCCAGCCUAGCCAGUCAGUAAGUCAGCUACUAGCUACCGGAGCAGCUAGCUGGAGCAAGAGCUAGCCAGCUAACUUAGCUGCCUGUGUCUGAGCUAGCUAACCUAGCUGGCUGCCUGUGUUCGUUUGACAGCUGGCUCGAGUAUUUAUUAAAACGCUGUGUGCUGCAGCCUGUGCGCCUCGGUAUCUUCUCACUACAUACAGGAUUUUCAGGAGCUUGAGAAUCACAAAGAUCAUGGGUGCUUUCCUGGAUAAGCCAAAGAUGGAGAAGUUCAAUGCACAUGGAGAGGGGAACAGCCUGCGUUAUGGCCUCAGCAGCAUGCAAGGCUGGAGGGUGGAGAUGGAGGACGCCCACACCGCUGUUGUUGGCCUUCCUAAUGGCCUCAGUGCAUGGUCUUUUUUUGCUGUGUACGACGGGCAUGCUGGAUCUCAGGUGGCUCGGUACUGCUGUGAACACCUACUGGAGCACAUCACCAGCAACCCAGACUUCAGGGCCGGUGGCCCGGGUGGAGGAAGCAGCGAUGACGUGUGUGGCAGUCGCCCCGAGCCCUCUGUGGAGAGUGUGAAGAAUGGCAUUCGCACAGGCUUCCUGCAGAUUGAUGAGCACAUGCGUGCCAUCUCAGAGCGAAAACACGGUGCUGACCGUAGUGGCUCCACAGCAGUCGGCAUCAUGGUCUCGCCCCAGCACUUUUACUUCAUUAACUGCGGGGACUCCCGAGCACUGCUGAGUCGUGGGGGCCGAGUGCACUUCUUCACGCAGGACCACAAGCCCAGCAACCCUCUAGAGAAGGAAAGGAUUCAGAACGCAGGUGGUGCAGUUAUGAUUCAGCGUGUCAAUGGCUCUCUGGCUGUCUCUCGUGCUCUUGGCGACUUUGACUACAAGUGUGUACAUGGUAAGGGCCCAACAGAGCAGCUGGUGUCUCCGGAGCCUGAGGUGUAUGAGAUUGAAAGGGAAGAAGAUGACGAGUUUGUGGUGCUGGCCUGUGAUGGCAUCUGGGAUGUCAUGACCAAUGAGGAACUAUGUGACUUUGUGCGCUCACGGCUAGAGGUGACCGAAGAUCUUGAGAGGGUGUGUAAUGAAAUAGUGGACACCUGUUUGUACAAGGGUAGCCGUGACAACAUGAGCGUGGUACUGGUAUGUUUUCCAGGUGCGCCCAAGAUCAAUCCAGAAGCUGUGAAGAGAGAAGCAGACCUGGAUAAGUACCUGCAGAACAGAGUAGAAGAGCUCAUUAAGAAGCAGGGUGUGGACAGCGUUCCAGACUUAGCCCAUGUGAUGUGUGUGUUAGCCACGGAGAGCAUCCCCAACCUCCCACCUGGGGGAGAGCUGGCUAGCAAACGCGGUGUUGUGGAGGAAAUGUACAAUAGCCUCAACCCCUACCAAAGUGACAGCACAUGUGGAGCCAGCAAUUGGGCCAAUGUAUGUGGAUCCUCCAGGCUCUAAACAAGACCUUCACACUCCGUUCCUCCUCACCAUCUAUUAUUUGUUUUAAGAAGCAGGAUUCUACGUUGACUCUUGAUUUAACACCAGGCACUUCCAGUACCAAGCUCAGAUAUUUUACCACUCUUCUCAGAGCAAUUGCUACCUCUAUCUGCACACCUCACAUAUCGCCUUAAAUACUGUCAGCUGCAACUAUGUUAAAAUAGAUUCAAGUCAGAGAAAGAAGUGAAGAAAGAAAUGAAAUGUAUUUUAAAAUGGCAAUGUAAGCAGCCACUGUGUCUUUUUAGUUUUAAUGUUUGGAAUCUUUGGUUUAGUUUUUUGCUGAUCAGUGAAACUGAUGUUCUUCUAGCUCUGUGCUUUUCUUGGUUGUUUUACUUGUGUUAAAAAAAAGAAAUAGAGAUUCUUUCCUUUUUGAUGUCCUCUGUGUUGCUAAGUGAAGAAAGUAAUGUACCUCAGUAUAUAAGGACACUUCAAAAACUUUGUAUGUCCUUUGUAUGUGGACUGUGACUACACUGUAAGAUACGAUCUCCUAUGGGCUUUCUUUAUAUUGGUUUUCCUUCGCAAAGGAUUCAAUAGCCAUGAAUAUUCAAGUACUGAACACGAAUUCAGAUACUGUAUUUACACUGUCUCUCAGAUUUUUUUCUCUUUGACAGGGAUUGUUAAACAAAGAUCUGUGUUGUGUUUUCACUGGUGACUUCAAGUCCUUGAACUUGAGCAAAUGUUUAAGCGUGCGCUUAAAGAAUUUCUGUAUAAUUUCUGUUAAUUAUAUAAAUGAAUAUGCAUCAAUGAAUGGAACCUCUUACGAUGGUGUAUGUCAAUGUGAAUGAUACAUUCCUCACAGGUGUAGUUAUUGAGUCGACCCUGCAUGUUAUAGCUAAGUUGUUUUAGUCAUUCUGUGUGGUGGGGUAGAUGUUUGAAAACUGGAAACGAAUUUACAUUUGCCAUUAUUUUAGUCUUCUUUUAAGAUAGUUUGACAUAUUUUAGCUAAACUGGUUACGGUACUCAUAUGAGAAUAUAAAUACAACCUAUGACGCAGGAGGAGAAAUCACUCUACUGCCAGAAGACAGGAGUAUUAUCAGGCACAAUCCUACAUCUCUGUGGUGCUAUCAAACAAAACAGUCACAGGUUUAGUGAAUGUUUUCUUAGCGUGCACUCCUGUGAAAGUUCUACCUCUCUGAUGAGUUACCUCUUUAUAUAAGCUGUAGAUUUCCUUGGUGUAAAUGUUAUGAUGUGUUUUUAAGUAGUUCAGUAAUUUAGGUUCUCCUUAAUCAUGAAUAAACAGCAAUAUGUUAGACUGUAAUUGGCUAUAUAUAUAUAUAUAUAUAUAUAUAUAUAUAUAUAUAUAUAUAUAGCAGAUGAGUAUUGGUCAGGUGGAAGAGACACCGGGUUCAUAACGAGUCUGUUUACUUACCCUUUGCUUUGAACAUCAAAGGAAGAGACUUCGACUCACAGUGGAAAAAAUAGGCACAGCUUCCCUUUGAGUGCAGUGCUAGGAUACACAACCAUAAUUCAAAACUAACAGUGUUUGUCCACAGUGCCAAAAUUAGCUUAAAGUAUAUAUAUGCAAAUUUCAUUUCUUGUUAAUAUAUAGCCAUUAGGCCAAACAGCACUUAUGAUUAUAAAUAUCCUUUUUUUUUUUUUUUAACAUUAUUUCUGGUCUUGCAUUAGGUUGCAAUAAUUGUACAUGUAAAAGUAAAGUAUAGUGCAAUAUAUACCUUUUCCUUCUCCCUCUUUUUUUUUCUCUGUCUUCCAUAUGUGCUAUUUUACUGCACUACUACUGUCCUCGGUACUGGAACUGUAUAACAACAUUCUGAGUGGUUGUAUUUUGGUACAUUUUUGUGAAGUUUGGUGGGUGUGUUUGGUCUAAAAUUAAUGUUGAGUGAAGAGUUUUUUAUGAUUAAUAGCAUGGUCUGUAAUUCAUGUACAUAUUUUUUUUUCUUUCUCUGUGAUUGGCUGAUCACUGUAAAUGUUGGUGAAAACAUUGAUUUUUUAGAGAGAAUCGUAAGAGAGAAUCUUUGGAAGACGUUUUGAAUAAGAUUUUGCUCUUACAAGAAACUAUACAGUGUGUAAGAUAUGAUCAUGUAUUGUAAAGUGCAUUUGAAGUGAAUUAAUGCCCUCAGCGUUUUACAUCCAGAAAAAGCCACCUAAAAGUGUAUAAAUAGUCUUAAUGGGAUAUUGAGUAUUAUUAUCCUUGAAACAGAGUGGUAACGGUGCUAUGCUGCACAAAAUGUGCAGAAUGGAAUUAGGGGCCUUUUCCUCUACCAUCAUUUUAACAUGUGACCUCAAUAACAGGCAAUCAAAAUCAGAAUGUUAAUAAGCUCAUGCAUAUUAAUGACAAAUGCAAAUCCUACUUUUCUCAUUAUAAUGAAACAAGCAGAAGUUCUGAGGCAAGAAGAAAAAAAGUGAAAAAAAAAAAAAGCAAGCAGGCAGGCAGUUUCGGGGCUUAGUGGCGUGCUGCUGGCUCAGCGUGGCCCUGCCCUGGAGCGCCGUGGUGUUGAGUGAGAGAACAAGUAGAAAGAAACAUUUUGGAUGGAACUCUUUCACUCCAGAGAACACAGUUUCACAGCUUCACAGCCCACUGCUGGAGGCUUUAUAGCAGGGAUACAUGCAGAUAUCCAUUUUUCAAAUGUGUGAUCUGUCUUACGAUGUUGCACCAUCUGACGUAACCCAAUUCUUCCAUCCUGUGUAAACACAACAGCAAGACUGUGAACAGCUGUGUAUAUUCACAUAAACCAAAUCUACACACGACACAGCUUUCAUUCAUUUAUGUUCAGAUCAGACAGAAAAGUAUAAAACAACAUGGAAAACUUAAGCCAAGUCAUAGACUAUAAUUUUCCUUUCAAUAGAUAAUCUUUAUUCAAAAUGUUGUAUAGUUAAGACUAAACUUAAUCCCUGCCGUGGUAACCACGUGGCCUUUUAGUGUAUGUUUUAACUUUGAUCAACCAGUGCACUGUAUCAGACAUUUAGUGUAAAGUGCCACCUUCACCCAUUUGCUUCUGGCCUUGGAAAUAGAUAUAAAAGUACACAUUCUUUUACUUUUAUAUUUUUUGUGAUACCUUAAUUGAUUAUUGUUAUUAUUAUUGAUUAUUUUCCAGGGGGAUGGGAUUUCAUUUUACAGCUCCCCCUGCUGUAUAUUGUAAACUGCUGGAGCUUCCAAAUUCAAAUGUGUGCUGAUAAACCAUAAAGGCUUGAUGGACAGUAGCUUGGAGAACAAAAUAAGACAUAGGAUUGGGAUUCAGGGCAAAUAGUGUAUCUAAAAUAUGGCAAGAUUGACUUGAAUUUACAUUUUUAUUGGAUAGAGUUUCAAAUGUAGAAUGAUAGAACCACUAAUUCCUAACUAACUAACCAUUUUAUUCAAAAUGCCCAAGUGACAUUAAUACAGGUCCCCCAAGCUGCCUUCAUGGUUACAUGACUACAUAUUUUUUAUGGAAUGCUGUUUUGAAAACUUGGAAUGAGUACAGCUUAUGGGCAUGCACAAGAAAUAUGGAAAUGUGGGUCUUUUUUAAUCAUUUUCCUUUUGGGCUGUUAAUUUCCAUUUACCAGUGUAAGGAUGGAAUUCAGUUGGUGAAUAGAGAAGCCUGGAGAAUUUGUCUUAAGAUAUCAUGUGUGAUGUGGUUUCUGACACUAGUUUUAAUUUGGUGAAACAAAAGCGUUCUGCAGACCUACUGCAGCUUUAAUUGACUUUUAAUUAAAAAGCCAGGUGAAUUGAAAUUCUGUCUUUCUGAUUUAAUGAAUAUGAUACAUUACUUCUUACAAACUGAAUGAUGUGAAAGGAUUUUUAUUUCCACAACCCCUCCAGCACCUUCAAACACUGAAUUUCUGUUCAGCUAAUCUUUUAACCUCCUUGUCGUAUUAAUGCAUCUGUACUUUUUGCAACCAAAUAAAUUGAUUGCAGAUU